GGGCGGAGGAGGAGCGCGGGGAGGAGGGCGAGGGGAGGGAGGAGGCGCCCGCCGGCUCCCUGCAAAGCGGCCUUAUUUAUCUGGGCACAGCCUCAGCCUCCCCGGUGGGAGGCUCGGGGCAGCCGAUCCUCUCCCACCGGGGAGCUCCUCUCGGGGCGCGGCCGAAGGGGCCGGCCAGGCCGGGGCGCGGGGCGCGGGGAGCGGCCGGGCCCUGCGGGCCAGGCCAGCACCUCGGCCGCCUCCCCGCUUUGCCGGUGCCCAUGCCGGGCUCCCCAUGACGGGAGGACGGCCGGCGGACAGCGUGGCAUGAGCCAGGAGCCCGGGCCGAGACCAAGUGAGGAAGAUGUCGAGCCCGGGCGUCGGCGGCGACCCCAAGCCUCCAUGCCUGCCUCGCAACGGCCUAGUGAAGCUGCCGGGCCAGCCCAACGGCCUGGGCGCAGCCAGCAUCACCAAGGGCACGCCAGCUGCCAAGAACCGCCCCUGCCAGCCGCCCCCGCCCACCCUGGCUGUCCCGCCAGCCCGGGCUGCUCUGGCCGGGGGCCUGUGCCCCCCGGCGGGGCUCCCCCUCGGGGGACCAGCCUCAGCCCCAGUGCCUGGGCCCCCAGCGGAGCGGCCGCCCCUGGCCACAGACGAAAAGAUCCUCAAUGGCCUCUUCUGGUACUUCUCGGCCUGCGAGAAGUGUGUGCUGGCUCAGGUGUGCAAAGCCUGGAGGCGUGUGCUGUACCAGCCCAAGUUCUGGGCCGGCCUCACGCCCGUGCUGCACGCCAAGGAGCUGUACACAGUGCUGCCCGGAGGUGAGAAGGAGUUCGUGAACCUGCAGGGCUUCGCGGCACGUGGCUUCGAGGGCUUCUGCCUGGUUGGCGUCUCUGACCUGGACAUCUGUGAGUUCAUUGACAACUAUGCCCUCUCCAAGAAAGGUGUCAAGGCCAUGAGCCUCAAGCGCUCCACCAUCACUGAUGCUGGCCUGGAGGUGAUGCUGGAGCAGAUGCAGGGCGUGGUGCGCCUAGAGCUGUCAGGCUGCAACGACUUCACUGAGGCUGGCCUGUGGUCCAGCCUGAGUGCCCGCAUCACCUCGCUGAGCGUAAGCGACUGCAUCAACGUGGCCGACGACGCCAUCGCAGCCAUCUCGCAGCUGCUGCCCAACCUGGCCGAGCUGAGCCUGCAGGCCUACCACGUGACAGACACAGCGCUGGCCUACUUCACGGCGCGCCAGGGCCACAGCACACACACCCUGCGCCUGCUCUCCUGCUGGGAGAUCACCAACCACGGCGUGGUCAACGUGGUGCACAGUCUGCCCAACCUCACGGCGCUCAGCCUCUCAGGCUGCUCCAAGGUCACCGACGACGGCGUCGAGCUCGUGGCCGAGAACCUGCGCAAGCUCCGAAGCCUCGACCUCUCUUGGUGCCCCCGCAUCACCGACAUGGCGCUCGAGUACGUGGCCUGCGACCUGCACCGCCUGGAGGAGCUCGUGCUGGACAGGUGUGUACGCAUCACGGACACUGGCCUCAGCUAUUUGUCCACCAUGUCGUCCCUCCGCAGCCUCUACCUGCGAUGGUGCUGCCAGGUGCAGGACUUCGGGCUGAAGCACCUCCUGGCCAUGAGGAGUUUGCGUCUCCUGUCUCUGGCAGGCUGCCCUCUGUUGACCGCCACCGGGCUGUCGGGCCUGGUGCAGCUGCAGGAGCUGGAGGAGCUGGAGCUGACCAACUGCCCCGGGGCCACGCCCGAGCUCUUCAAGUACUUCUCGCAGCACCUGCCCCGCUGCCUCGUCGUCGAGUAGCGCGGGGCCUCCCCGCCCCUCGGCCCCUCGCUCUCCUCCCGGCCCCGCCCCGAGCAGGGAGGGCGGCGGGCGGGCCAGCCCCGCGCACGCACGCACGCACGCUCGGGGACUCUGUGCAUGCCCCUCGCGCCCGCACUGCACGCCCGCCCUCCGCCAACGCGACAGCCGCCUCCAUCGUUCGCCCGCCCCCUGGGGGCGGGGGGCUGGGGCUCGGUCCUGGGGGCGCUUUGAGCUCGCCAGCCGGCCGCCGUGAUCGCCGUCCCCGCCACACCCCGCUCUGUCUCCCCGCCGCCCCCCCACCCGGGCAGGGCCCAAGGGGGUUGAGGGGAGCUGGGUCCCCCAGGACACAGGGGCCCGGAAGAGCCCCCUGGGCUUCCCGCAUCUCCCCCUGCACCGCGCCUGGAGCCCUCGGAGGAGUGCGAGGGGAAACAGGCCGCCGCCAAAGCCAUGGCCCGCCCAGGAGCCCAAGUCCCAGCCAGCCUUCCCCCACCUCAUGCCAGCCUGAUCCCAGCGACCUCGCCUCUUACUUGCCGCCAUGUGAGACCAGCCCUGCUCGCCCCACCCCCACCCCAGGCCUCAGGCCCUUGGGUCCUGGCUCGGCUAGGGCAGAACUGGACUAGGAGAGGGGCUGGCAGCUGACAACACAAUCAUCGACAUUAGCCGCAACCCAGGGGUGGUGCGGCUACCGGGAGAGACCUGAAGCGGGUAGUCAGCCUCAGGGCCUCCGGGCCUUGGGAGCCUUCUUGGGUGGACCCCGCCCCACAAGCCCUGUAGCCAGCCCGGCCCGGGCCCCUCAGCACCACCCUCCAUCCCGGGCAGGUCUCUGUCAGGUGGAAGCUGGAAAGGGGGCCCCAGCCAGCGACUCUGAUCUUCCAGUGGCCAGCACACCCUCACCACCCAGGGGGAGGGAGGGCUCCUUUCCAGCCACGCCCCCCUCCCCAGCUUCCCAAAUCUCUACCUGCCCACAGGGGCUCACCGUGUUCUGCCCAAUCCCAAGACACUGGGAGGUCCUGGGGGUGCUGGCACAUCUUGGCAAUUGCUGAGGAGGGGGCUGGGACCCCUUUCCAUCCCAACCUUGAGCCCCAGGAUAUCCAGCACCCAUAGCCAAUCUUGGGACACACCCUCCCCCCCAUCUGGUUGGAAGAGAGUAAGCAGUUUCCAGAGAGCCAGACAGAGAGAGAGAGAGAAAGAGAGAGAGAAAGAGCGAGCGAGAGCUGCUGUUGAAAAGAAACAGUUCAACAGCCCAAAGAUUUCCCUGCCCUUGGAGUGCUGGUCAGAGGCUCCAGGGCUGCGGUGGUCAGGAGCCAGUUUCUGCAGCCCCUCCUCCCCACAGCUCCCUAGUGGGGAGGGGCAGCUGUCCAUUUGUCCAAAGUAUUAAUGCAACUGAAGCUGUGAUAUUUCCAACGAUUGUAGGAGGAAAAAUUAGGGGGAGAGAGGAAAACAAAACCAACCCCUAAAACCAUUUUCUUAUUGUACAUAACGACCUCAUUCUCCUGUAUAUGCGGAAGAUAUAACCUUAUAUUUGGUAAGUGUUUCUUGUGCUAUUUUAUCACGUGACCUGUUUAUAAAAAUAUAUAUUAAAAAAAGUUGUAAAAACA